AUGGAGGCAGCGAUGGGGUUGAUGAGAAGAAUACAUCCAAAACAAUCAGAGACUGCUCUCUCCGCUCUCCUCUCCCUACUGCCUCACCAUUCCUCCGAUCUCCUCUCUCAAGUCGACCAGCCUCUCCAGGUUUUGUGCGACCUGGAGAGUGGAAAGGAGUACAUACUGUGCGAGUACAACAGAGAUGCUGACUCUUAUAGAUCACCUUGGUCAAAUAAGUAUUAUCCACUACUGGAAGAUGCGCUGUAUCCAUCUUCAGAGUUGAGGAAACUUGAAGUUGAAGCGAAUGAAGUCUUUGCCAUUUAUCGUGACCAGUACUAUGAAGGUGGCAUCUCGUCUGUUUAUAUGUGGGAAGAUGACAAUGAAGGUUUUGUAGCCUGCUUUUUGAUAAAAAAAGAUGGGUCAAAGACUGGGCAGGGAAGAAGAGGUCAUCUGCAAGAGGGAGCAUGGGAUGCCAUUCAUGUAAUUGAGGUGGGGCCAGAAGAGGAAAGCAUAGCCCAUUAUUGUUUAACCAGUACUAUUAUGCUGUCUUUGACUACAAACGAUGAGUCUUCUGGCACAUUUAGCCUCUCUGGAUCUAUUAGACGCCAGAUGAAUAUGGACCUCUCAGUUGCAGAUGGCCAUCUUUGUAACAUGGGGAGGAUGAUAGAAGAGAUGGAGGGUAAGCUCAGGAAUUCGCUGGAUCAGGUUUAUUUUGGGAAGACAAAAGAGAUGGUGUGCACUUUACGACCCCCAUCCGAAGUCGUGUUGAGACUGCCAUCAGCUGAUUUGGCAUGA